AUCUCUGAGAAAAUUACAACCAAAGACACAUUUAACCAUAUCAUUUACACUCAAAGACACAUUGAAUACUCGACACACUUUUCAGCUGCGAAAAAGUUUUACUAUCCUUGUAUUAGACCAUCUCUAGUUUCUUCUAAACCAAAUUAAAAAAAAAAAAAUAAUGAAAAAGUUAAGAGAAAAACAUAACAAUUUAUCUUCUUAUUCGUUUCUCGAUUUCAGAUUCCAAAAAUCCACCGGUUUUUUGUCUUUCACCAAGAUUCAGGCUCCUCCUCCAUCACAGGACAUGUCUCUCACCGAAACUAAUUGUCGUGGUUUCAUGUCUGUAGAAUUACGCAGCGUACACGAGAAGCAACGAUAGCGUGUGUGGCAGCCACGGAGGAUGAGCUUAACCAAAUCAGAAGGGCAAAGAGAUAAAGGAGUGUAGUCCAUGUACUUGUAGAGGUCAGGGUCGUUAUGUCAAGCAUAAGCUAUGAAGAUAACUUAGAGUAGAUGAAGAGAUCUUACGACGCGGAGGAGGAGACGAUGGAAGGCUGGAAGCAGUUGAAAUGGACUUUUCUUGCUGGUGGUUUGUGAGGUGGUUGAUGGUGGUGUGGAUUGUGUGGAGCUGACAGAGGAGGUGGUCAGGGACAGAAGGGACAAAGGCCAGUGAGGAUUUAGAUAGGAAGAAAUUGGUGGUGGAGGAGAAGAUGGUUGUAGCUACCAUGGCUAUUACUAGAACCAGAUUCAAGCUUUAUGGACUUGAACGGAGGAGAUUUGGAGAGUUUAGUGAAGUCACAGAGGAGAGCGAAUUCCAAAAUCUAGCUCCGGUGACUAAGGCAAUUAAUCCGUCAAGAAGAUUCGAAUUGAGACUGAAGUUGAAAGCAGUGAGCUUUUGAAGCUUGAGCGGAGAUCUGGGAUUGUGGUGGAGUCACUGAGGAGAUCUGAGUUCCGACGAGACUAAUUAUGGUGACUUAGGAAGGUGGUUAUGGAUAUGAAGAUGGUGGAUACUAAGGUGGUUGCUCGAGAUGAAGAGAUGGUGGUGGAUACGGUGGAGGUGGAAGACGGAAGAGUAGGGGGGAUACGGAGGUGGAGAUGGUGGUUGACACCGGAGUGGAGGCCAUGGUGGUUAUGGAUACAGAGGCGAUGGAUACGAAAGUGGAUACGGAGGUGGAGACUGUGGUGACGAUAGAUACUGUAAAUGAGGUUGUGUGGUUAUGGAUGUGAAGUUCGUGGUUACUGACUUGGAAACAUCACGCCUGUCCAUACAUCACCUUCCCAAACAUUAUGUAUGCUUUUGUAAUAUAUGCGGUUUCUAUGUCUUUUAUAUUAUCAAACAUUAUGUAUGCUUACCAAAUUAAGUUAUUUGACAUAUUCACUAUAUCACAUUCAUACUAUAUGUGCUAGAAACUUUGUAUCUUUUGUACCCUAACCACAACAAUCACGUCCACAACAAUAAAAAUGCGUCCUAAGCCUAACCAUUAUUUCCUAUCCACGACUUUGUAACCACCAUAUCCUAACAAAACGCACCGUUUAAUUUAUUAACAUAAAAGGAAAUAACUAGUUUAAUCAUUGCUUCUUUCUAAAAAUAAGACAUAGGUAUUUUGAUCUCGAAUCUACGAAACCUUACAAGUAAAGUGUGUUAAAACCAUAAUGUAUCUUUUUACUGUAAAAAAAAAAACGAAAUGUGUCUUUUUCAUGUAACCUCCUCAUAAUCUCUUAAGUAGACCUUUAAUCUGGCUACUCUCAGUUGUUGUCAAUUAAUUGAGCCAGCCAUGUGGUCCAUGUGUGUAUGAGAGAAUAUACUCAUAACAUACCCUUAUUAAGAACCUAUCAACUAUUGCUUCACUAUGAAUUUACAUUCAUAUAAUUGGUUUCUAUUAUUAAUCUCAAGGUCUGUUGGGUGGUGUAUUUUUAUUAAUAAAAUGUGGGCACGAAGUAACUGAUAAGGUCUAGAAGGUGUCGGUGAAUAUGUUCGAUUCAACUUUAACAAGCACAAGCAAAGCUACGAUGAAUCAUGAUUGAAAAGCAGGUCUUAUGUAAUUAUCAACAACAAAAAGGAGAUUAGGUGUUAUGGUGUAAAACGACGACUAACAUGUGAUGGAAUUUGUUUGUUUUCCACAAAAUAAUAUAUAAAAAAUAAAGCAGUUGCAAAAUCCUCUUAUUUCAACUCAGAAAACCAAUUUUUAUUUUAAGUUGGUUAGUUUAAUCAGUUAUGAAUAUAAUAUCCGAAAGUGCACAUAAAAGUGCGAGAAGAAUUUAUCUUAUUGACCAGUGACAAUGUUUUAGUAAAUAUUUUAGGUUUAUAGAAACUAUAAACCCAGCCUAAAAUUUCUAUUCAUAAGAUUUUAGUGAAUAUCUCCACACAAAAAGAUGAGACUAUUUUAGUUGUAAAAGUAUAAAAUCCAUGGUGGCAACAACAAAAAAUAUCAGUUUUCCACACAACUAUAUUUUCUUAUUCUUCCAUAUAGGUAUUAUUUUUUUAACGUCUAAAUAGAUUUUUAUUAAUAUACCAACGUACCAAUGGAGUUAUAGAAUUGUAUACAAAGCAACAAAAUACAAAUUAUUACACAAAGAGAAAUAUGCAACAUGUUAAAAACAAAUCAUUUAUAGAAGUGAAGAUUGGUGUUACUUUUUUUGCAGUAAGCUUUAUACGCUAAUAGAACAUAUGAUCUUUAUUUUCUUUCUCCAAAAUUAGUCUCACUCUCAUACGAUGGAUAUGCCAUUUUGGCAUUUUAUUCCUUUUCCAUAUCGUAAAAGUAAAAAUCCAUUAUAUCCAUAUAGGUAUUAUAUUGAGUUAAAUGUGCUGUUGAUCAAUAAAUAUCAAAUUUCAACCAAAAAUUAUAUAUUUAAACGGCUAAGAUAAUGAGAACUUUCAUAUAAGCGGCAGAUAGUAAAAAACUUAUUUCUACAAUUAUAAUGUUAAUAAGUGUGUAGAAUCAAAAUGAUAAUUGUCACAGAACUGGAGAAAAAACAUGUGACCACCACAUGCUAUUAGAUGUCCAAGUUUGACUUUUAUCAGUCACUCACAAACGCCUUGGCUAAUAAUAAAACUCCUCGUGCUAUUUAAUUGUGUUUUGGUUAUGACUUAUGCUUAAUUCACUUACCUAAAAAAUCACUUUUACUUAAUGGAAGGAUGUAAUAAGAUAGACCCUUUGUUUCAAAAUUUUCAAAAUAAUUCAUUUUUAGAAUUUUCACACAUACUAAAUUUUAGUUAUAAAUGUAUAGUUUUUUGUGAUUAUAUAUUUUAUAUAAUUUUAAACCAAUAAAAAUUCAAAAAAUGGAACACAACUAAUUUAUUUUUUUUGGAGUUUACAAUUAAUCAUUAUUGGUUAAUAAUGAAUAUAUUAAAAAUUCAAAAAUAUAUCUUUUGAGAAAAAAAAAAUUAUUUCAAAAACAUGCAUCUAUCAAACGAUGGAGGGGUAUUUAGCCUAAUUUUAACGUGUCCAGCAUGCAAGUUCUCAUCACAACUUUAAAUUUUACAAAAAAAAAUUCCUUUGGUUUCCCUCUUCGACUUGAUGGUCCACCCUUCUUUCUGGCGAUUUCGUCUUCAAGAAAUCCCUCCGCGUCUUCGCAAUCGUUGCUUCCACACCUCUCCGGGUGCAUACACACCAACCUCUUCUUCUCAGAGGAUCGUUUCGGUUUCCUCAUGCUGGUCACUUACGACUGAUAACGAUCACCAAUCCCUCUUCCGUUACUUCGACCACGUUCUUGAAUCAAGCGUGACAGCUCAGCAAUGCCAGCAAGUUCACGCCCAAGUACUUCUAUCCGAUUUAAUCUACCGUUCCGGGUCACUAGCUGCGAAAAUCGUCUCGGUUUACACCCGGUUUGGUCUCCUCAACGAUGCCCGUAACGUGUUCGACACUGUUCCGCUUGUUCUGUACUCGGAUUUGCGUUUAUGGAACUCGAUUUUAAAAUCCAACGUCUCUCACGGACAACACGAGAACGCUCUUGAGCUCUACGAUGCAAUGCGUGAACGAGGUCUCACAGGGGACGGGUUUAUCUUACCCUUGAUCCUUCGAGCUUGUCGUUACUCAAGUCGUUUUGGUUUGUGCAGGGCUUUGCAUAGUCAUGUGAUUAAGAUUGGUUUGCUAGAGAAUCUCCAUGUAGUGAACGAGUUGCUUGCACUGUAUCCAAAGGCGGGAAGGAUGGGAGAUGCACUCAAGCUGUUCGUUGAAAUGCCUGUGAGAAACCGAAUAUCGUGGAACGUCAUGAUUGCAGGUUUUUCUCGAGAGCAUGAUUGUGGAAGUGCUGUUAGGGUCUUUGAAUGGAUGCAACGCGAAGAGUUUGUACCGGACGAAGUGACUUGGACUUCGGUUUUAUCUUGUCAUUCUCAAUGUGGGAAGCUUGAAGAUGUGAUCAAAUAUUUUGAUGUUAUGAGGAUGAGUGUGAAUGUAGUUAGUGGCGAAGCUCUUGCUGUUUUCUUCUCCGUGUGCGCUGAGUUGGGAGCGUUCGGUAAUGCUGAGAAAGUUCAUGGGUUUGUUGUAAAAGGCGGGUUUGAAGAGUAUUUGCCAUCGAAGAACGCGUUGACGUACGUGUACGGGAAGCAAGGGAGGGUUAAAGAAGCUGAGCAGUUGUUUAGGAAGAUAAGGAACAAAGGUAUAGAGAGCUGGAAUGCUUUGAUAACUUCGUUCGUGGAUGCUGGCAAACUCGAUGAGGCGCUCUCGUUGUUUACUGAGUUGGAGGAGAUGAAUGGCUUUUGCAACGUCAAGGCUAAUGUAGUUACUUGGACUUCGAUUAUCAAGGGGUGUAACGUGCAAGGAAGAGGAGAUGAUUCGCUUGAAUAUUUCCGGCGAAUGCAGUUUUCGAAAGUUUUGUCUAAUUCGGUGACGAUUUGUUGUAUACUAUCCAUCUGUGCGGAGCUUCCAGCUUUGAAUCUGGGGAAAGAGAUCCAUGGACAUGUGAUUAGAACCUCGAUGAGCGAUAACAUUCUGGUUCAGAAUGCAUUGGUGAAUAUGUACAGCAAGUGUGGGUCACUCGGUGAAGGGAAUCAAGUAUUUGAAGCAAUUAGGGACAAGGAUUUGAUCUCAUGGAACUCGAUGAUCAAAGGUUAUGGUAUGCAUGGGUUUGGUGAGAAAGCUCUGAGUAUGUUCGACAGAAUGAUAAAAUCCGGGUUACAUCCUGAUGGAAUUGCUUUGGUAGCUGUUCUUUCAGCUUGUAGUCACGCAGGGCUUGUUGAAAAGGGACGCGAGAUUUUCAGUUCGAUGAGCAACAGAUUUGGAAUAGAGCCACAACAAGAGCACUAUGCAUGUAUUGUUGACCUCCUUGGCCGUGUAGGAUUUUUAAAAGAAGCUAGCGAGAUUGUGAAGAGCAUGCCUAUGGAGCCUAACGUCUGUGUGUUAGGAGCUCUAUUAAAUUCUUGCCGGAUGCACAAAGACAUGUACAUCGCAGAGAAUAUAGCAUCACAGCUUUUUGAUCUUGAACCGGAGAAGACUGGAAGCUAUAUGUUGCUGUCUAACACUUACUCUGCUAGCGGAAGAUGGGAAGAUUCUGCAAAGGUUAGGGCUUUGGCGAAGAAAAAGGAUCUUAAGAAACUAUCUGGAAGCAGUUGGAUUGAGUUAAAGAAGAAAGUCUACAAAUUCUCGUCAGGAUCAUCAGUACAGAGCGAGUUUGCGAGCGUCUACCCGGUUCUUGAGGAUUUGGUAAGUCAUAUGUGGAAGAAAGGCCCUACUACACACGAUGGACACCGUUACGAGGAUGAUCAUGACUUAUGGACAGCGUAAUAGAUGAGUAUAUCCCGCACAGACUGAGAAGAUGCAGAAGAAACAAAACCAAAUCUACAGAACUUAUCAGCAAUGCUACAGACCUUUAUCAAACUAGUCUCAAAAGUGAAGAGUAUUGCAGGUUCUGAUAAUCCACGGCGUUAUCUUUGAUGUGCUAAAUGAUGAUCGUAGGCAAAGCUAAAGAACGCUAUUGCCUGUCCUGUACUACCGAGAAAUGUCUAGCUGCUGCAGAACCAAGUUGAGUUCAGCCUUGAAACGUUUAAUCUAGCACUGAAGAUCGCACACAAUUCUAGAACACCCACCAAUUGGUUCAUGGUCACACAGAUCAGCGUCGAAGUCAAAGAUAAUGGUGUGCAUAACGAUAUCUUUCUGAGAUUGUACUAUAACAGUUCUAAGUUCAAUCAUACUCGUACAUUACUUUCAAA